AUAUAUGUAGGAAAAGUGAAAAGUAAUAUUGUCACCGACAUUGUUGGUGUUGUGAAAUAUUCUGCAUCAUUUCUGGAUUGCUGAGCUACGAACACAGAUUUCUGAGAGUCUAGCUGGUGUAUUAACAUUUGCUCAUUUGUAGUGAUACUGUCAGCGCAGCUGGUAGUGUGACUGGACGUGGGGUUGAUCCUGCUCUAUGUAGAAUUGGCAUGUUCUCCCCACGUUCACGUGGAUUUCUUUCUACACUCUUAACACACGUGUUUCAUUCAUACUGGCUCUGGACCACGGUGACCCUGCCUUACGGAUAGCAGUUACAGCUAGUGUGUAACUGACUUUAAAAUAUACUGAAGUUGUUUCUUGGACUGUGUGUAAUUCGAGGAUAGAGACUCCUGAGUGGACUUGUGUGCCAUGGAUGGGAAAGGUGGAGAGCACAUCCAUCAGCGCAACCUGAAGAGUGUGGGUGUGGAGCACUUCACACACACUCUUCUCCUCACUUCAGAUUCAAAGGCUACUCUAUUCACCCUGGAAGAAACACCGGAGGACAGGACUGACACCAUGUACACACCCGUGGCAGGAUUCCACCCUGAGGGUAGCAAAUCCACUGUAAUGAUGAGCAAUUUGACUGAAAAUAAAAGUAACUUUGUUUUAAGUUACAUGGAGGAGAUGCUCCUAGGAGGAGGGAUCUCAGACAGUAAGUGCACUCCUAGUCAUGUUCUUUAUCCCAUGAAUUUACUGUCCAUGACACCUGGGACAAGAGGUGAGCAUACCCUCGAGUCAGACCGUAGGUCACCAGAAAUAAGAGGAGUUCAUCAAGGACUGGAGGGGAGAAAUGUCAACGACCCAAAGUCAUGUCCAGAUAACGUGUGUCCAACAGCUGAGUUCAUGUGUUUGAGGUCCAGAGAAAUUUCAGAGGGUCUGAUUGGAGAAUCCACUUCUUCAUGUGGCUACAUGAAGAACAUGCAGCUAUUUUUUGAGAUAGAGCCCAAACACACUUCUACAGGCAGGGCAGAGGAUGAAGAGAUGCGCCUUCCGGAAGACUUGUCUGCACUCUUCUCCUGCCCACCCAGUGACGUGUUUUCUGACCACAGCACUGAUAUUGAAGGCUCGUUCCCUCUCAUCCCCAAAACCGAAACAGACCCCAGCAGUCUGAUGUCCCUGGUUGAUGAAGGAGAGAUGAACAAAGCCUUAGUGGACUGUGGAAAAUUGCCUUUCCAGGUGAACAUUUUCAGUGGAAUGGUGCCACAGUCCAGUACCUCCAACACACUCACUACGGAUGCCAGCACGCAGCCAAAGAUGGUGUGUGUCAUUUGUGGUGAUAAGGCCUCCGGGUGCCACUAUGGGGUCCUAAGCUGUGAAAGCUGCAAGGUGUUCUUCAGAAGGACUGUUAAGGGUCAUCGGGAGCACAUUGUGUGCGCUGGACACAAUGACUGCAUCGUGGAUAAGAUCCGCAGAAAGAACUGCUCUGCCUGCCGCCUCCGAAAGUGCUAUGAGGCCGGGAUGAAGCUGGAAGGACGGAAUCUGAGGAAGAAGUCUAAUGCGAGGAAGUCCACGGAUCGGCCUCAGCCCUCAAUUGCCCCGUCAGCGAAGGAUGUUUCCUGCAACAGCCAGGCUGCGGUCCCUGCGGCCAGCACUCCCACCCUCCAUGAGCUGAACACCAGAAUGCAGAUCAUCAGCAUCCUGGAGAACAUUGAGCCUGCGGUGGUGCUGUCUGGGUACAACAACUCCCAGCCUGACAUGCCUCAUCUGCUCAACAGUUUGAACCACCUGCACGACAUGCAGCUGCUGUUGAUUGUCAAGUGGUCCAAGUUGUUGCCGGGGUUCCGCAGUUUGGACAUCAGUGCCCAGGAGUGCCUCAUUCAGUACUCCGCCAUGAGCGUAAUGUUGUUGUCUCUGGGUUGGAGGUCAUUUCAAAAUGUCACCAGGGAGUACCUUUACUUCGCGCCCGACAUGGUCAUGAAUGAAGAGAGAAUGAGGCAGUCACCUAUAGCAGACCUGACUGCAACCAUGCUCCUCAUCCCACAUGAGUUUGCGAAGCUACAGCUCACCAGGGAGGAGUUCCUCUGCAUGAAGGCUUUGACACUCUUCAACACAGUGCCACUGGAGGGUCUGAAGGGCCAUGAGCGAUUUGAGGAGAUACGGCUGGACUACAUUCAGGAGCUGAACCAGGCCAUCAAAAUGAAGGAGCCUAGUGUUUCGGAGUCUUCAAAGCGCUUCAGUGACCUCACCAGGCUGAUGGACACCAUGCACGAGAUUGGGAAGAAGAUUAAGCUCUACUGCCUCAAUAUCUUCAGCCAAGCAGACACCUUGCAAGUGAAGUUUCCUGAGCUGACGUCAGAGGUCCUCGCUGUCAUGCUCCCCAGCCUACAAGAAGGGAAGAUAAAGCCGCUCCUCUUUCAUGAAGAUGUUAGCUGCUGGCCAAAGAGGCUCACGGAUGAAUUGCAGAGGAUUGUGGGGAACAUCAGCGCAUGUAACGAUUACUAAAGGACUGAAAACACAUAAUCUACAUUUCUCCAAAGCAACUAAAAGUGUUAAGCUACUUACAAUUGUUUACACAGGUGGAUAAUUUUACCAGAGCAAUUUAGGGUAAAUACUUUGCUCAAACAUACUACUGCUGGAGAAGGGAAUUGAACCUGUAACCUUUAGCUCUACAUGCAGCAGCUCUAACUACUGUACUACUAGCAUUCCCUUAAAGCAACCUAUAAACAUCUUUGGGUGAGGUAUGGUAUAAUCUCAGCACAGUAAUUUAACAAAGCAAAAUUGUCAAUACAUUUUUCUUUAUAAAUUUAGAUUUAGACUCUGAUCAAAUAUUCCAUGGUUUUGCUGUUCUAAAACCAUGCUUGUAGCAAACAAGUGAACUAAACUGCAAGUUGGUGAAGUCAGGAUUUCAGAACACUGAGGAUAAAAUGAAUGGACUUUUACUUUUGAGUAUAUGUUUGAUAAUAUUGCGUAAAGUACUUCAGUUGUACUGCAAAACAUUUACAGUAUUUAAAGUCCAAUGAUGCUUAAAUUAAAUCUGAGUCUGUGUCUCUGAGUAAGAAGAUUUAUCAUUGUCCCGUUCACUGAUUUAGCUAAAGCAAAGUUAUUAUUUAAUAAUUUCUCUCCAGUUAAAACGGGGCUGUGGUGGCGCAGUGGGUUGAACCACA